CAAAGUUAAAAAUUCGGCGAUCGUUUCAUUCGGCCACUCCAUAUUCACCACAGUACCUCAACGUAGGACGAGUCAAAAUGAAAUGAACGAGUUCAAUCGUGUUCGUCUGUCUGGAUGCCUCAAAAUGAUCAGGGAUGGCUUGAAGUUGCUAGAGGCUUUGAAACAAAAUGGAAAUGUCCACAUUGUUUGGGUGCUAUAGAUGGCAAACACAUAAAAAUAGAGUCACCAAUUAAUAGUGGAUCAGAGUUCUAUAACUAUAAACACAAUUUCAGUAUAAUAUUGCUAGCAGUAGCUGACUUUUACUUUGCCGACGUAGGAACACAUGGACGAAUGAAUGACGCUGGAGUUUUUAAUGAUACCAUAACAAAAUAUAUGGUUCCAAUUCCAAUUUUCCGGAAGACACUUCUCUAUACCUGACCGACAUCUUCCUGUGCCCUAUGUUUUUGUGCCAGAUGGAGCUUUUGGAUUAUCUAGAAGAAUCAUGAAACCGUUUUUUAAAAAACACCGAGCACUCUCGACGGAUGUAUAUGCCAGAGGGUAACAUAUAUAAUGUUUUACAAGAGCAACAAUUAAGGUCCUUAGAUCAAAUACCAAUAAGAGAAACCGAAAAUGCAA